AAUAGAGAAGACCUCGCCGAAAGACGCCGCAGGAAAUCGCGUCUUCUGGAAGAAAAUAUUUGAUUUUUUAUCUGCUCGUAACUUGCAACUUGCUAGCACCGUCGCGUCGAGUUCCAAUGGCAUCUCUCCACUCCCUCGCCGCCGUUUCUGUAAUCGACACUAAAGGAACAGCACAUACUUGGUCUUGUUCAUCAACUCUCCGCCCUUUUUCAUCUCUACGAUUUAAACCCAGCGAGCUCUCAAUAUUCCCAAACCAUCGCAAAGGCAAAGGGGGAGCAAUAAAGGCGCAGUCGAAAGAAGCAAGUCUUCCUGUGGGAGAGGGAGAUGCAUUAACUAGUAUCAAGCAUCUUCUCCUGCCUGUGAUUGAUCGCAAUCCUUAUCUCUCUGAAGGCACCCGACAGGCUGCUGCUACAACAACUAGUUUGGCAAACAAGUAUGGAGCUGAUAUCACUGUUGUAGUCAUAGAUGAAGAAAAAAGAGAGUCUUCUUCGGAGCACGAGACUCAAGUAUCCAACAUCCGGUGGCAUCUAGCACAAGGUGGUUUCGAGGAGUUCAAGCUGUUGGAGAGGCUUGGGGAAGGGAAAAAGGCGACGGCCGUUAUAGGAGAGGUGGCGGAUGAGCUCGGGACGGAGCUGGUAGUGUUGAGCAUGGAAGCCAUCCACUCCAAGUUCAUCGACGCCAAUUUGCUCGCUGAGUUCAUCCCCUGCCCCGUCCUCCUCUUGCCCUUAUGAAUUAUUAUUAUUAUUCCUUAACCAUGCCAAAUAUUUGCUGUCUUGUCUCUUCUCGUACGCUUCCUUGAAUCCUUCUUUUUUUUUUUCCAUGUAUUGUCUCCGUGGAAGAAACUAGAGAGAGUGGGUCGAAAUGUGAAAUGCACAUCUUCUGUAUGUUUUUUAUUGUGAUGGUUCUGUGUGCCCGUUGUGGUUGUUCUUCGUAAGCCAUAGUCCGUCAUAACUUAGUUACUCACUCUAGUUAUUAGGACAAAAGGUCUCCUUAUAAUGACAAAUUUGCUGGCUGGCACGAAUGUAAACUGGAUGUUUGGUUUCAGAUAAUAUUCAUUUUA